AUGCCGCAGCCCUCUCGCCCGUGGCGCGCCACGCAGCCGCUCAAGGCGCUCUGCAUCGCCUACUUUUACCUCUCCGCGCCGCCCUAUCUUCUCUACCUCGUGCUCAAGUUUUCGCUUCUGCAGCGUCUACGGCCCCACCCCCGUCUAGGCCUGCGAGCCAACGUCGGCAACCCCCUCGUGCGCGCGCUCUUUGGCGUCCUCACCUACACGCGCUCCCCGCGGCUCGUCGCCGAGAACCUGCCCCGGGACAAGACCCGCGUCACCGCCGUCCCCGUGCCACCCGCCUCGCUCUUCACCGGCGUCUUGACCUCUCAACCUUCCAUCAAGCCCGCGCCCCAAAAGGCGCUCUGGUUCCCGCGGGCGCCCCCCGCCGACGCCAACCUCGCCGGGGAGACGGUGGUGCUGCACUUUCCCGGCGGCGCGUUUGUCGUCGAGGUCGGCCACGAGGCGUUUGGGCGCAGAGCCGCCGACGUGAUGCUGCACGGCGGCCAGGCGGCGCGCUUCGUGUGGGCGCAGUACCGCCUCGCCAGCACGCCCAACCAGGGCUUCCCCGCGGCCGUGCAAGACGCCGUCACCUUUUACGCGCACCUCCUCUCGCUGGGCUACGACGCCAAGAAUAUAGUCUUGUCUGGUGAUUCUGCCGGCGGCAACGUGGCGCUCGCGCUGCUGCGGUACCUCGAGGCGACGCAAGGGGCGCUGUCGCUGCCGCUGCCGCUGCCGCUGCCGCGCGGCGUCAUGGCGUGGUCGCCGUGGGUCGAGGUGACGCCGCGGGCGGCGCGCGAUUUUGCAGAGACCAACGCGGCGGCCACGGAUAUCUUGACGCCCGAGUUUCUGCAAUGGGGCGCCGACGCGUACCUGCCUCCACAGGCGGGGGCCGGCGGCGGCGGCCGCGCCCUGUCGGACGAGGUCGCCGGGUACGUGUCGCCGCUGCACCGGGCAUUUGCCACCUCGGUGCCCGUGUUUCUGCACGCGGGCGAGGCCGAGGGGUUCUGCUCGUCGGUGCGUCGGUUUGCGGACGAGAUGGAGGAGGUGAAUGGGAAUAAGCGGGUUCGCUUCCACGGGACGCCGCACGCGGUGCACGACUUGCUGCUGGUGUGGGAGGGGCAGGGCAUGCGCAAGGAGGCGGAGGCUGCGGUUAGUGAUGCGUGGGAGACGGUUGGCGCGUGA